AUGGAUAUAAAUGGAAGUAGUUCCUCAGCAGGAUCCUCCUCUAGGAGAACUAUGGAUUUCUCACCAAUUGGAUCUUCGUCCACUCAUUCGAACUCGUCUCAGUUGUCAACGCCGAACAACACCUCAUAUGGGGGGACAGAUGGAAUAGGCGGGUUGGUACAGUAUCAGAACCCAGGUGGAUCAAGGACACCUCCUGUAACGAGUCCGAAUCCAAUAGGUGGAGGUAACAAUGAGUGGAGGUAUGAAAUGCGUAGAGAAGCUCAACAAAUAAUACCUGGAUUAUACCUCGGACCAUUUCAAUCUUCAACAAAUUUGAAUAAAAUGAAGUUAAUGGGUAUAACGCAUGUCUUAUGUAUAAGAGAUAAGAAAGAGAAAAGUUUGAUCUAUCCUAGAUUCCCAACUGAAUUCAGGUAUAUGACAUUGGAUAUAAGUGAUAACACCGAUCAAAAUCUAAUUACUAUCUUUCCACAAUGUAGAGACUUUAUAGAGGAGGCUAUGUCAAUGAGCGGCAUUGUAUUGGCUCAUUGUAACGGAGGCAUCGCACUUUCACCUGCUAUAGUCAUUGGUUAUCUGAUGUGGAAAUUCAACUGGACAGCGGAUUACGCUUUAGCGUAUGUACAGAGCAAGAGGUAUUGUGUCAGUACAAUGAGUUUUCAAAAUCAAUUCAAAGAGUAUGAGCCGAUACAAAUGGCUCAAAGAACGGUACAGCAAGCUGGAUUUGGAGCUAGAACAGGCAAUGGGCAUAAAAGACAAGCAUCAGAGGAAGAAGAAGAUGACGACGAGGACGAUGACAGAAGAAGAAAACAGUCUAUGCGGACUGGAUCAACGACUGAUAUAUCAAUGGAAUAG